AUGGUACAAUGGUUAAUUAUUAUUCUUGUUUAUGAUUUUGCUAUGCUUAAAUUAUCCUUAAGUGAAGUGACACUUUCAUUACGUUUAAUUCAUUAUAAAAAUCGAAAUGGUUUAACAUAUGAAAAUCGUCCAUGUGAUACAAGACUUGAACAUGAUAUCAAUCGAGAUGGUCGAUGUGAUACAGGAUUUUUAUUUUGUCUCGUACAUUUACCAUUUCAAAAUCCACAUAAUUGUACAUUAGGUGAUCAUUUUACGGGUUUUGUUGGUGGUGAUGAUAUACAUUUUAUUAAUACUGAUCAACAAUUACAACGACGUUCUAUUUUAUCAAUUAAUAAAAAAAGACAAAGAUCAUCAUUAAUUUCUCUUUGGUUUCAACCAACAAUUUAUUUUCGUUUUAAUUAUCCAAAAACUGGUAUUGGUCUAAUUGUUGAAGUAUUUGAUAUAGAUGAUAAUAAUAAUCAAAGUAUCCAUGAUUCAAUUGAUUUUUAUGGAAGAACAUUAACUGAUCUUAAACUUUAUCGUUCAAUUGAAGUAGCGAAACCACAAAGAAUUUAUCUUCAAAGUUUAUUUGGUUCUUAUACAAAUUUAACUGUCGACUUUUCACUUUAUUGUUCACCAAAUUAUUACGGUAAUGAUUGUGAAACAUUUUGUUCCGCAAAUGAACAACGUUUUGAAUGUGAUUUAAAUACUGGACGUAAAAUUUGUAAACAUGGAUAUUUUGGUCAAGAUUGUCUUAGUGAUGUACGAGCAUGUGAAGACCAACCUUGUGUAAAUAAUGGAACAUGUGUUGUUUAUCUUCGAAGUUAUCUAUGUCAAUGUCAAAAAGGCUUUACCGGUCGAUCUUGUGAGAUUGCUAUAAAAACUAUCUAUCAUAUAUGUAAUCGAGCAACAUGUAUUCAUGGUGAUUGUUCACGAGACGGACACUGUAUUUGUCAUAUUGGUUGGACAUCGGAAAAUUGUAAUCGAAGUCUUAUAAAAGAAAGUGCUUGUGUAAGUCGUCCAUGUUUACAUAAUUCAACAUGUGAAAACUUGAUUGAUACCAAUUCAUUAUCAGCUUAUCGAUGCCAGUGUCGAAUUGGUUAUAUCGGUCGAAAUUGUGAAGUUGCUAUUGUUACAUCUUGUGAACGAACACCAUGUAUACAUGGUCGAUGUUUAAAAAUUGAUUUAUAUACCGAAAUUUGUAUUUGUGAAGAUAACUGGACAGGAAUUGAUUGUUCACAACCUUUGUUCACUCCUGCAAUAAUUACUCCAUUAGCUGAUUCACAUAAAGAUUUGGAUACUGUUACAAGUGUAUCAUCUGUACCUAUAACAGCAAUAAAAUCGAUAAAAAAUUUAACACUUACACCUUUAACUAUCGACUUACGUGAUUAUCUUGAUUGGUUAAAGGAAAAUUAUGCAAUAAAUAGACUAACAAAUUCAUAUCCAUCAAUUACAACAUCAUCAAUAUCUCAUAAAAAUAAGUAUUCACCAUGUUUAAGUGCACCAUGCCAUCAUAAUUCUACUUGUAUUCUGCAAUCUGAACAUAGUUUUCAAUGUCUUUGUUCACCUUCAUUUAUCGGAAUUUAUUGUGAAAUCGAAAUAUUAAAUAUUGCACAUUUUCAAACAAAUCCAUGUGAAAGUUCACCCUGUCAACAUCAGAGUAUAUGUAUAACAAAAUCAAAUCAUGAUGUACAAUGUAUAUGUCGACCACAUUACACAGGCAAAUAUUGUGAAUACCCUCCACCAAUUCAACCACCAUCAUCUAAUUCCCAAUGUACUCGUCUUUGUCGCAACGGCGGCAUUUGUCUAGUUGAUGAAUCCAAUAAAGAACUAUGCAUAUGUAAAUCAUCUUAUACAGGUUUCUACUGUGAAUUAUCUAAAAAUAACUGCAAUGAUUCAUCAUGCAAUAUUGAUCCAUGUAUAUCGAAUCCAUGUUUAUCAAAUGGUACAUGUCAAUCAAUAAUAUUAUCAAAAAAUUACACUUGUUCAUGUCUUGAACAAUAUACAGGUGAUAGAUGUGAAUUUUAUAUAGAAUCAGAUUCGCCAUAUGUUUUAUCACGUGACAUUGCAUUAAAUUAUGAUGAAAAUAAUUCAAAAAGCUCAACAGAUCUUUGGCCAUUAGCUAUUGUAUUUGGUUAUGUAUUUUCUUUAAUGUUAGUUUUUAUUAUUAUUUGGUUUCUAUGGUAUGGAUUAACAAUGCGUCCUCAAUCAUAUUAUCGUUCUGACAUUCCAUAUGGUGAACGUACUACGGAUCGUUAUCAACCAUAUCGUUUAGGUGUUAGUAAUCCACUUUUUUUUAUAAACCAAGAAUAUAAUUCAAAUCCAAUAUCGAAAACUUUUUCAAAUUAA